AUGCAGUUCACUAAGGCUUUCACCAUCAUUGCCGCCCUGGCCACCACUGCCUUUGCAGUAGCUAUGCCGCAGGAGUCUCUGGAGGAUCGCGCCACCGGAUGUGUUACUAUCCAGAAUGGCCUCGGAUGCCCCCAGGACCGUCCCGUCAACUGCAAGGACUUCAAGAACGGCAACCACCGCUGCUGCGCUCAUAUCGGUGGAUGCUAA